GAUAAAGUUAAUAUGAAGCAAUAAAUUUCCAGUCAAGAUUUCAUCGCAUUUUAAGAAUCAUUGAGUAAGACAUCUGGAUAAUUUCAAGUGCGCAGAAUCGUGUGAUAUCAUCACUUUAUAGGAGACUUUAGAAACAGUAACUAUUAAAAAGUAUUUCCUCAGCGUAUCUUCACGUAAAGGUUUUAAGUAAAGCUUUUAUUCUAUGAAUUAUUAUUAUUUCACAAUAUUAUGUGGAUACACAUUAGUCUUCUAAAUGGUUAAGUCUUUCAAGAGCGAUUUUCUGAAUGAUCGACAUUAUGAAGAAUAUUCUAACAUUUUUCCUUUUUGUGUUUUUUUCAACUGCCGGAGGAGAAGGCAUUCUGAAUAGGUCUCCCCAUAUUAUUCUAAUAUAUGCGGAUGAUUUGGGAUGGAAUGAUGUGAGUUUCCAUGGAUCUCCAGAAAUUCCGACUCCUAACAUAGACGCCUUGGCGGCGAAUGGUAUUCUUUUGAACAACUACUACGGAGAACCUUUGUGCACUCCCUCAAGGGCAGCUCUUCUCACUGGGAAAUAUCCUAUUAGAUUAGGUCUCCAACACAGUGUAUUAAAACCCGGAGAAAAAAGUGGCCUACCACUAAAAGAGAUAACGUUACCUCAACACUUGAAAUCAUUGGGCUAUUCAACUCACAUGAUUGGGAAGUGGCAUCUUGGAUAUAUGACAAAAGAAUAUACUCCAACAUAUAGAGGGUUCGAUUCAUUUUUUGGUUAUUACAACGGUUUGCUAGAUUACUAUGAUUAUACCUCACAAGUUAUAACUGAACUUCCUGAUAUACCUAAAUACUUUGGAAUUGAUCUUUACAAUCAAACAAGGUUGAUAAGAGAUUUUCGAGGUCAAUAUGCCACUCAUGUUUUCACCGAAAAAGCUAGAAACAUAAUUUCGAAUCAUGAUUCUACAGAGCCCUUGUUCUUGUAUUUAUCGCACUUAGCAGUUCAUUCGUCUGGCAACGACUUUAAUCCUGUUGAAGCCCCGGCAGAGGUUAUAAGAAAGUUUAAAUACAUCAAAAAUAUAAACCGUAGAAUACAAGCUGCCGUGACAUCGGUACUGGAUGAUUCUGUUGGCGAGAUUAUUCAAACUUUGCACCAAAGGAAUAUGUUGGACAACAGCAUAAUUAUUUUUGCAUCUGACAAUGGAGGGCAGGUAGAUGGUUUAAUGGGUGGAUAUUCCUCUAAUUAUCCAUUGAGGGGUAAGAAGAAAACUCUAUGGGAAGGAGGUGUUCGGCUACCUGCCCUCAUAUGGAGUCCACUUCUGAAACUGAGUGAUUCGAUAAUAUCAAAUCAGUUAAUGCAUGUCUCUGAUUGGCUACCAACUCUUUAUUUCGCUGCAGGAGGAAAUCCAGAUGACUUGGGAUAUCUGGAUGGGCACAAUAUGUGGCCUUCGCUUUUAACUGGCAGACCAUCUCCAAGAACAGAUCUACUUCAUGGAUUGGAUCCCAUUGUCGGUUUUUCAGCCUUUAGAAGUGGUGAUUGGAAAAUAGUCAAUGGAACCAAUGGGGAAGGAUAUGAUGGGUGGUAUGGUCCUACGGGUACAGAAGAUAUCAAUGUAGGUGAGUCAAUGGGCGAAUGGGUAUUCAGUAAAGGAAGUGUUGUGGGAGACAUUUUGAAACAAACAGGACAAUGGUUUGCUAAAGACAUUGAUAAGUGGUACAGCGAAUCUCUGGUUAAAUGCAGCGAAUAUUUGAAGGAAAACACUGUUGAUUGUCUUCCAGACAAUAGGCCUAGUUUAUUCAACAUUAGAAAUGAUCCAUGUGAAUAUCUUAAUUUAGCACCAUUUUAUCCUGAGAUAGUUGAUGCCAUGAUGGAUGAAAUAAAAUCUUACCAAAAAGUCUCAGUUGAACCUCAAAGCAAGCCGAGUGAUCGAAGGGCAAAUCCCAUGUGCUAUGGUUUUGCCCAUGUAACUUGGAUGGAACCAGAGUUCUCUGCCCAAUAUGAGAAAUGUGAUUUUUCUGACUAAAUACAAGAUUUAAUAGAUAUCAAUAACUACAGAUUGAAUUGAAUUAUCUCUCUUUCUUACUUCUAUGGAUAUCAUAACAUACUGUUAGUAAUAAGUAUUACUGUAAAUUUUAGUUCCAAUACGUCAACUAAGCAGAUGUUUUUAGGCAAAAUGGCUUUAUAAAUUAUGAGAAAUUAAUUGAAAGUUUCUACCUGACUUCAUAUUACACACAGUGUGUCUCAGAAAUAUAGCAGCAAAUUUUUAGGGGAACACAGUAUGAGGUUUGAAGGGGUCACGCAAUCUUUUAAGUGGUGCUCUACAUUUCAGUGCUAUGAUGCUAUUGUGCAUGUAGCACCACUGUGUGAAUCCUGAUAGGCAAUUGAAUGCUUAUCUGCUUUCUGGAGACUUAAUCUAUUUCUAUGAGCAGCUCUCAAAGCAAGUCUGUGGAGGUUGCAAUGGAUCUCUUUGCAAGACUUGCUUACAAUCUAUUAUCAAAGAAACUCCUUGUUUGUGCACUUGUUCAACAAUGUGAUUCCUACAAGCAUAUGUUUUGUAGUACGCCAUUAAUACAAAACGCCAUUCUUUAUGUGUUUCGUGAGCAUAUCUCUCCUGUCAAAGAUUAUUGUAACAUUUUUGAGACACCAAGUACAUAUUUAAAUGGUCUAUCCAAUACUUUUUUGGAAGUAAUAAGUGAUUCGUACCGAAUAUUUUAAUUGUAAAAGAAAACCCGAUGGUAUUUACAGAAUAUCUUUUAUUGUCAUGCUAAUAAAAGUUCCUCAUAUUCGAUUUCACUUAUUAAUGGAAAUAAAACUUAACACUAAAACAGA